AUGACUACUUGUUUUCCUAGACUCUGUUAUGCACUUCUCCUGCUCUUGCUCCAUGCUGCAGAAUCCAUUCUCGGAUUGAACAAUAGCGCAGAAAUAAAGUGCAUUGAGAGGGAGAGACAGGCACUCCUCAACUUCAAACAUGGCCUCAUAGAUGACUAUGGCGUGCUGUCUACAUGGAGCGAUGAAGACAACAGUCGAGAUUGUUGCAAAUGGAGAGGCAUUAAAUGCGAUCAUCAAACAACUCAUGUAACCAUCCUUCGUCUCCCUGGUUCUGAUACACAAUAUUUGAGAGGUACAGCCAAUAUCACUUCAUUGUUUCCCUUGCAAAAUAUUCAACAUUUGGAUCUCAGCUGCAAUAAUUUCCGAGGGAGUCACAUCCCACAACUCAUUGGCUCACUAACCAACUUAAGAUAUCUCAAUCUCUCCAAUUCUUAUUUUAGUGGGAGAAUUCCUACCCAACUUGGAAGCCUUACACACUUAAGGUAUCUCGAUCUCAGUUACAAUCAUCUCGACGGGGAACUCCCUCGUCAACUUGGAAAUCUGUCACAGUUGAGGUAUCUUGGUCUUAGUGGACGUAAUCUUGAUGGGAAAAUCCCUUCUGAACUUGGAAAUCUUGGAACAUUGUCUUUCCAGGUUGGCGAUUUUCCUUUCUUGCAAACUCUUAGACUUGAUGGUGAUUUUCAUGUUAAACCCGAGGAUGCAAAGUGGUUGUCUAAUCUCAGUUCCCUAACAAAUCUUGACUUCAAUGGUUUACAUAACCCUCACUGGUUGCAAAUGAUUAUUUUUCCAAAUUUAAAAGAGUUGAGGCUAGUUAACUGUGCUCUUUCAGAUACCCAUAUUCAUUCUCUGUUUUAUUCACCUUCCAACUUUUCCAAUUCUCUUAUGAUCCUUGACCUUUCUUAUAAUAUGCUGACAUCCUCAACAUUUCAAUUACUGUCUAACUUUAGCCUUAAUCUUCAAGAGCUUUAUCUUUCUCAUAAUGACCUUGUUUUGCCAUCUCCAGUCCACUCAACCUUUCCUUCUCUUGUGACCCUUGACCUUUCCUAUAAUAAUAUCACAUCAUCAUCAGUCUUUCAAGGUAGUUUCAACUUCAGUUCAAAACUUCAAAAUCUUUAUUUGUCAAAUUGUGGUCUAAGGGAUGAUAACUUUCGCAUCUCAGCUAUUUCAAUUACGAAUUCUUCAUCUUCUCUUACCUCGCUUGAUCUCUCUUUAAAUCUGUUGAAAUCAUCAUCCAUAUUUUACUGGCUCUUCAACUCCACUACCAAUCUUCGUACACUUCAACUUCAUGAUAACAUGUUGGAAGGUCCCAUUCCAUAUGAAUUUGGAAAAGUGAUGAACUCCCUUCAAGUUCUUGACCUCUCCAACAAUAAACUUCAAGGUGCAAUUCCAUCUUCCUUUGGGAACAUAUGCACAUUGCAGAGUUUAGAACUCUCAAAUAACGAGUUGAGUGGGGAAAUUUCUAGCUUAUUUCAAAAUUCUUCAUGGUGCAACAGUCACGUGUUUCAGAGUUUAGGUUUACGUUAUAAUCAGAUUACCGGCACGCUACCUGCAAGUCUUGGAUUACUAUCUGAGUUGGAGAUUCUUUCGUUGGAUGGAAAUCAUUUGGAGGGUGACAUCACCGAAUCCCAUCUUUCCAAUUUUUCCAAAUUAUAUUGGUUAUCUUUGUCAGAUAACUCUCUGUCUUUGAAAAUAGUUCCUAAUUGGGUUCCUCCAUUUCAAAUAUUAAACUUGGGACUAAAAUCUUGCAUGUUGGGCGCCACUUUUCCUAGUUGGCUCCAGACUCAACGCUCCUUAGUUUCUCUGGAUAUUUCUGAUAAUGGGCUCUAUGGUUCGGUACCAAAAUUGUUUUGGAACAACUUGCAAAAUGUGGAUUUUUUGAAUAUGUCCCAGAAUAAUCUCACUGGUGCAAUUCCUAAUAUAUCAUUGAAGUUUGUCAAGAGACCUUCUAUAAUUCUGAAUUCAAAUAAGUUUGAAGGCCAAAUUCCAUCGUUUUUACUACAAGCAUCAGAGUUGAGACUUUCCAACAAUAAAUUUUCAGAUCUAUCUUCACUCAUAUGUGGCCAAGGCACCUCUACAAUGGCCAUUUUAGAUUUAUCAAAUAAUCAACUGAAGGGAGAACUCCCAGACUGUUGGAAAUCUGUAGAUCGGUUAAUGUGUCUCAAUUUAGGCAACAAUAAAUUAUCAGGGAAAAUUCCUGUCUCCAUGGGCAGCCUUCUUGAAUUGAAAGUCUUGGUUUUGCGAAACAAUAACCUGAUGGGUAGAUUAGCUUCGACUUUGAAGAAUUGCAGAAAUUUAAUUAUGUUGGAUGUGGCUGAAAAUAUGUUGUCCGGUCCCAUACCAUCAUGGAUCGGUGAAAGCAUGAACCAGUUGAUAAUCUUGAAUAUGCGAGAUAAUCACUUUUCUGGAAACCUUCCCAUUCAACUCUGUUAUUUGAAGCAUAUUAAAUUCUUGGAUCUCUCAAGAAAUAUGUUAACAAAAGGAAUUCCAUCUUGCUUAAACAAUUUGACUGCACUGUCUGAAAACACAAGUGAGAUUAUAUAUAGUAUAUAUUGGAUGAAUAACAAUUACUUCUUUAUUUAUUAUGGCAGUUCAAAUGUGGCAGAUUAUACCCUUAACAUUACGUGGAAAGGUGUGGAACAAGGGUUCAAGAAUCCAGAGUUAAAGCUGAAGAGCAUUGAUCUUUCAAGUAAUAAGUUAACCGGUGAAAUACCAAAAGAGAUUGCAUAUUUGGUUGGGUUAGUUUCUUUGAAUUUAUCCAGAAAUUAUCUGAGUGGAGAAAUUCCUUCAGUGAUUGGAAACUUAAGUUGGCUAGAGUCCCUUGACUUAUCAAGAAAUAAUAUCAGUGGGGGAAUUCCUUUCUCACUUUCUGAAAUUGAUUUUCUUGGGAAGUUAGAUCUGUCACACAACUCUCUGUCUGGAAGGAUACCAUCAGGAAGACACUUUGGAACUUUUGAUGUCUCUAGUUUUGAAGGGAAUGUUGGUCUUUGUGGUGAACAACUUAACAGAACUUGUCCUGAAGAUGGAAAUCAUACAACAAUAAAGACUGAAGAACAUGGAAAUGAUGAAGAGAGUGUUUUCUAUGAGGCAUUGUACAUGAGCAUGGGGAUUGGAUAUUUCACUGGAUUUUGGGGCUUAGUAGGGCCAAUACUACUUUCGCGUUCUUGGAGAAAUGCUUAUCUGGGAUGA